UCACAUCAUAGCGAAAACAAAAGUGAAAGUGUUGUAAGGCAGCAGUUGCCUCUAAAAGGAGGGGUCUGAAAAUCCCCACUUCACACAGUUUGCAGUGUUUAUAGAGAACAACUUACCCUCAAACAGAGGAGCCAGAAAGAAGAAAAGCUUUCAUAAAUAGACCACGUUUUACUAUGGGAACAUCUUCUGCUAAGGAAGAAGCUACUUAAAUAAUCUGCUUCGGUUUGGCCUGUAAAGUCUUUUAUCCACAAUGGAGGGAAUGAAUGAUGAAGAGAUGUUUUAUGACCUUUACUGUGAAGAAGAGGAGGAUCUUCAAUCAUCAGCUUGUUCUGCCUGCAAAGAUGACAGUCAGCGGACGGAAGAAGCUCCUUGCUCUCAUGUGAAGACAACAGCGUACACUAUCAGGAGCGAGUUAAUGUCUCAGCAUUUGGACACUCCUGCUGGUGAAGUUGAGAGCUACAUGGUGAUCAACUGCAAGGAGAAAGAAACUGUGCCAACAGCAACUGAUGUAAGCAGCCCAACACACAGACCAGAGGAAGAAAUUAACCCUCAGGUUCCUGAAGAAAUGCAGGAUGAGACGUUUGCUGAACCUCCACACACAGAAACAGACCUGGAGAGACUUCUGAAGGAUCUGGGGUUGGAGCAGUACUACAGAGAGAAGUUGUCACUCAGCAAGAUACUGGAGAUUGAUGAGAAGACCAUCAACGAUGAACCUGUAAAGUGCAACUCAAACAUUACCUGGUAUUUUCUAAAGAAACUGAUGAUGGUUAACGUGACAGCUAGGAAUGCAAAAUGCACAUCCGUAGGUGAGCCAAACUGCAGUGAUAUAUCAGAGACUAUGGAAUUAAACUUUGAUGAACUGCUUGGCAGUUUAAAUACAGAUGACAGGCUAAACCCUCUUGACAUAAUCACUGCUCUCUUUCUGUGUUCUGAUGGUUUUGUACAACAAGAAAUGACACUAAAAAUGUCAAUGUGUCAGUUCUCUGUACCUCUGCUGCUUCCCAACUGUGAACCAACACAGUGUACCCUCAUGCUGUGGGCCAUGAGAGACAUUGUGAAAAAGUACAGACCUCAACAUCUUUUAAAAUCCAAAGGCUUCAUUGAAGAAAGAAUUGUUCAUUCUCAACUUCCAAUGGUCUCUUUUGUGAGACUGGGUGAAUGCUCCUUGUCCAAGUCAGAGAUCCUCAACAAGCUUCUGAGCAGUUCUCAACAGUGCCAUGACACCUUUGUUCACCACAACAUGGAGUGUGGAGACAGUCCAAGAAAAAUAUCCAAUGGAUUGACUGAAAUUACCUGGUACCUUCCUUGUGGAAACCAGAACAUGGACAUUUUUGUUGAGCCAGUUGCUAUAGCUAACCUUCAUGGUGACAUUGCUUCAUUUGAAACACAAUUCUCCUUUCUAUGUCAAACCUCUGCAGCAGUGUUUGUAUUCUUUGAUAAUUUGGACUCUGGAUGUGAGCUGCUAAUGAACGAAAACCACAAAGCACAGAUCUUCUUGGUAGGAAACCAUCAGAACAAGAACUUCAGUUUUAGCACAUUGAAGGAGGUAGCAACCAAGUUAAGAUUGACCAACAACAACAUCAUAAUAAAGACAAAACAGAAAAAUGACGCAGACUUUGUCAAAUGUUUGAGAGAAUCAGUCAGUAAUGUCGUUGGGAACUCAGUGAGGAAGAUGUCAGUAGAGCAGAUGGCUGACGUGGCUCAUGAACUGGGAAUAUUGGUUGAUGAAGACUCUCCAGAGUGUCAGGCUGGAAAGCAAAAAGCAGAUGCCAUCACUGAAGUCAUUCAAGACAUCCUUAAAUACAAAGAAGAUCAGCUUCCCUUGCAAGGAGAAAUAUGGAAGGAACUGACGUUCUUGGAGAAGGAAGAAUUUCGACUUAGAAAGAUUGGGUCUGAAAACAUAGAGCAGUACAAGAGUGAUCUUCAGGUGAAGAAAGAACAACUGAGGAAAAAGCAGAACUCUUAUGACAUGUCAGCAGCUAUGACUUGUUUCAUUGGUGCCAUAUCCAGCUCAAGAACAGAGAGGUGUUAUUUCCUGAAAUGGAUGCGAAUGAACCUCGAUAACUUGUCUUGUAGAAAGCUGUCUGGACUCAGGGAGCUGUACAAAGAGAAGUGUAAAGGUUCUGAAAACAAAGAAGAGAUCAAAGAAAUUGACAGACAACUUUCCAACGGCUCACUGGGAACUGAACACUUCUUCCGUGAAAUGGGUCAGAUCUACGAAGCUUCGGUUUCCCUUCCAGAAACAGACCCUUACCGUAAACAGUUGCAGCAUCUGCCCAAACUCUGUGCACAGCUGUUACUUGAUGGAUUUCCUCUUGAGCUUGUAGAUGGAGAUGCUUCCAACAUACCUCUCAGAUGGGUGAGUGAUGUUCUCUCUCAGCUCAAUGACUUGGUGUCUCCAAAGAACAAGAUCAUGGUCGCCACAGUGCUUGGAGUUCAGAGCACAGGAAAGUCCACUCUCCUUAACACCAUGUUUGGAGUUCAGUUUGCAGUCAGCAGUGGUCGAUGCACUCGAGGUGCCUUCAUGCUGCUCAUCAAAGUCAAUGAAGACGUGAAAAAAGAUCUCAGCUGUGACUUCAUAGUGAUCAUCGACACUGAGGGCUUAAAGUCACCAGAGCUGGCACAGCUGGACAACAGCCAUGAACAUGACAAUGAGCUUGCAACACUUGUCGUGGGGCUGAGUGAUAUCACCAUUAUCAAUAUUGCAAUGGAGAAUUCAACAGAAAUGAAGGACAUCCUGCAGAUAGUGGUGCAUGCUUUCCUCAGGAUGAAGGAGGUGGGAAAAAAGCCCAAAUGUCAGUUUGUUCACCAGAACGUUUCUGAUGUUUCAGCUCAUGAGAAGAACCUGAGAGACAGGAAACUGCUCCUGCAACAGCUGAAUGAGAUGACCCAGGCAGCAGCUAAAAUGGAAAAGAAAGAGGAGAACAAGAGCUUCACUGAUGUGAUGAAGUACAAUCCAGACACUGGGAACUGCUACGUUCCUGGACUCUGGAAUGGAAACCCACCAAUGGCACCAGUCAAUGCAGGAUACAGUGAGGCUGUUUAUGAGCUCAAGAAAAACAUCCUCCAUCUACUGGGAGAGAGUGAAGCAUCUGCUUAUAAGAUCUUGGAGUUUAGAGAGUGGAUGAAGAGUCUGUGGAAUGCAGUAAAACAUGAAAACUUCAUCUUCAGUUUCAGAAACAGCCUUGUAGCUGAUGCAUACAUGAGACUCUGCACAGAGUUUAACAAAUGGGAGUGGGAGUUCAAGAAAGAAAUGUACACCUGGGUUACCAAAGCAGAGACGAGAAUCUCUAAUUUUGGUACAGUUGCUGCAAAAUCUGGACUAUCUGACAUGACACAACUCCUCACUCAGCUGAAAAGUGAAGCUGUGUCAGUGCUGUCUGAAUGGGAGACCAAGCUCCUGGACAAUCUGAAGGAAUACUUCAAGCAAACAGAGGGUCAUGUUUAUCUGGUUGAAAGAUACAGAGAGGAUUUUGCAAACAGUGCAAAGAGUCUUCGACGAGAAUUAGAAAACUCUGUAAUUAACCAGCUCACAGCAGCAGCUGAUAUCAGACGGGGAAUGAAAGAACUGGAUGAAAUCAAGAGGAAUCACACAACAGUAAUAGAGAAAGCAGUGUGUGAGCUGAUUGACGAAUGUCGAAAGAAAAAAGUUGAGAUGACAGAGACAGAGCUAGACAAGGAAUUUGAUAAGAUGUGGAGUGAAACUCUGAAUAAACUGUCUUUCUCUGAACAAAAGUCUAUAAAUGUCUUCAGCAGUGUGUCCCACUGUUUGUGGACUAAUCUGUCACACAAGGGAAGCCGUGCAUGUGAACUGCUGAGUGAAAAAAAACUGGAAGAUUGUGGAAUGACACCUUUCAAAUACACGCAGAAAUGGUACAACAAAUUAAAAAAGGAACCAUUGUGGAAAUUUUGGAGUGAAGAACCUGCAAAGGCUGUACAACAAAUGGCUGACAGCAUAAUAUCUACUUGCAAAGAACUUAUUGGUAAAAAAAUGGAUAGAAAAUCCAAUUUCCAUGAAACUUACAUCCAGGAGAUCCUUCAUAUCAUUGAUGAGCGGCUAAACAGUGCUAAUGUAAACAUAGAUAUUGACUUUGAGGUUUCUCUAAAGCAGCACAUCUGUGGAUUUGCUGCCAGAGAUUUUCAGAAAAUGCAUGACGAUUUCAUUGAAGAAAAUGAUCCCUACAGAUGUCUGAUGAGCAACAAGGAAAAGUUUCGUACAGAUUUCAAAGAUGUGUUCAGCAAACGAGACCAGUGUCAGAAGAAGGCUGCAGAAUUCACAGAACAAUGUCUGAAGCCUGCUGUUGAGAACUUCGUCAACCGUUCCCUUGGUCCUGAUAUCGUUGAUGAAAUGCUGAGACAGGAGCAGUUCAGCACACGAAUGUCCUUCCAGUAUUCACUUUUACUGGAUCUGCUUUCAAAGAAUGACUUCAGCAAGUAUCUGGACUACAUUCACUCAUAUGAGGAUUAUGUAAAGUCUUGGAUAUUUGAUCAAACCGUAGAGCAUUUUUCAAAUGGAGUUACAACACUCCAGUUCGAGGACCGACAUCUUCAGUCAAGCAUCAACAGCAUAAAAGAUGCCAUUAAAAAGACAGAAAUAAAAAAUGUUGGACACUUGAAGACAUUUGUUGAAGAAAUCUGCAAAGAACUUGGUGAUAAACUGGUUAUUUCCCAGGAUGCUCUUAAUGGUUUCUUGUUCCUGAACAACGUUGAUGUGGAGCCAUUUGCUCACUCGCUCACAGUGUGUUUAAAUGAGAUGGAAGACGCUCUUAAAGAAGAGUUUAAAGAAAAGGACCUUCGAAUGAAACUGGAAAAUCUCCAUUUGAAGCCUCAAAAUGUGCUUUUCACCAGAGUGAUUGGUUGUGGUAAACUGUGUCCGUUCUGUGCAGUUCCCUGUGAAGCUGGAGGAAAAGAGCACAGUGAACACUUUGCUUCACUGCAUCGGUCACAAGGUUUUGGUACAUGUCGGUGGGACAAAACAGGGAAACUUGCUACUGAAAUAUGUACUUCUCUUGUAGUUAGUGACUCAAGAUUUAACUGUGGGUAUUCUGGUGGAUUUCAUCCAUUUAAGACUUACAGGGAAAUAUUCCCAGACUGGAAAAUCACUCCAGAUGGGAGCUUUCAGGCAUCAGACUAUUGGAAAUAUGUGAUAGCAAAGUACAACAAUGAGUUUGCCAAAGAAUUUGAUGCAAAGCCUGCUGACAUUCCCGAAGCUUGGAAACAAAUCACAGAAAGUCAGGCAAAAGCCAGCCUGCAAGAGUCGUUCAACACCAAGUGAGACAACAAACAUUCCUCUUCUUGAGUUAGAGAUAAUUUCUCUUUAGUUUGGAUUCAAGUCAUUUUUCAUGAUACAAAAAGUAAAAUACUUAUAUUGAAUUAUUACUACUUUUAAGACAAUUAGAAGAUUCUCUCAGUACAUAUGGAUGUUUUAUCUCUAUGGUUUAGAUAAUACACUGUAAAAAGACAAAACAAAAAAAGUUAUUUUUAACACAAGAUAUAUAGUAAUCUGUUUUAGUACAGUUGUUUCUGUUCAAACUAUUUAUAUAAUUAUAUUAUCACUGAAAACCACAAUCAGUAAAAGCAACAAUAUGACUGCAGUUUUUUUGGUUAUUGUUUUAUUGUUUUCAAAGCAUCACCUUGAUUGUUGCUUUUCUUUCGAUGAAGGAGUUGAUGUGAAAUAUUUGUAUUAAUUGCUCCUGAUUGAUGAUCCAGUUAAAUAUUGUUAUUACUGUACAGAAUGUUUAUUAAAAUUUUGUUUGGUUUUAAGUAAUAACUUUCCUUGAAUUUAAAUACACACAUAUUCAACAUAUUGAAAGAUGUGAAUAGAUGAUUGAGAUCUGUUGAGAUUGUUAUUGCUAAUCUUGUUUGGAGAACGCUGAAGGUUCUUGUUGGUGUAUAAAUCUAACUUUUAUUGUUUGUCUAUGGCAGCGUGUCACCCUGCAAAACGUUUUGUUAGAAAAUAAAAUCUAAUCCAGCUUUACUGUGUGAGUAAGAAGCUUAAGUUGAGCUGAAUCUGUAAAUCAGACAAGAAUGAGACAACAGUGCUCUGCUGUGGUCUCCUCGGUCCUCAGACAUUUACACUGUUGUUCAUCAUUUACAACCUUUUUGGGAUGUGCUGAUUUCAUUCAUUUUAAGAUGUGGUCAUAUUUUCAUGUUGUAUUUGGAUGUUUCAUUUUUCCUUUUAUGUUUUCUGUGUU